UUUUUUGUAUUUAUUCUACUAUUGCUUUUAGAACAUAUAGAUUUAGGCUACCGAUUGUAGCUUCUGUUCUUGUAUAUUUAUAUUUUGUUAUUAUUUACUGCAAACUCACCUUUUGCUUAUAAUUAAAAUUUUGAUUAAGUGAUGACAUAAAAAUGUUUAGUUUUGCAAAAUGUUUUUCUGUUUCUUUGUAAGUAUGUGGGAAAGCAGGUGUUUUCUCACAUCAUUUGUAAUUUUCAGCUUACAUUGUAGACAACCCUUAAGUAAAAUAUGGUAUGGUCAAUAAUGUAUUGUUGGGUAAGAAAGUUUUUCUAAGCAUAUGUAAACAUUGCAAAAUAAAAAUGAUUAGGUGUGGAAAACCCUGGAGACAGCAGAGCGAUCUUUACUGGACAUGAUCAGCAUUAAGGACUAUGACUGCUCUCUGGUAUUUUCUGAAGAUAGUAGCAACAGAAAUGGCUUAAGGCAACCUGAAACUCUUGCUCUAAAAUUGCGAGCUGACAGACAAGAAACAGAAGACUUCUAUUUAAAUAAAUUUCGAAAAUACACUCUGGAUGGUAAUCUCAUAUCUCGGCUCCAAGCUAAAGCAGAACUGAUCCAUCGAGCAAUACUUAUUGAAAAUGCUAAAUCAAGCAAUGGUGACUCCCCACCUAGUACUGUCUUGCGGCCGCACACCUUGCCACAUCGAACAAAGAAAAAGAGAAUAGGCCAGACUCCAGUUGUAGGCCAGCCAAAGUUAUUUGGUGGCAGCCUGGAAGAGUACUUGGAUGCAACAAACCAGGAGAUUCCACUUAUUGUCCGUAGCUGUAUACGGAUCAUCAAUCUAUAUGGUUUACAACAUCAGGGGGUGUUUCGAGUGUCAGGAUCUCAGGUUGAGAUUAACAAUUUUAAGGAUACAUUUGAAAGAGGAGAGGACCCCCUUGCAGAUGUAACUGACACAGGUGAUAUUAAUUCCGUGGCAGGAGUGUUGAAGCUGUACCUUCGAGAGCUACGUGAACCUUUGUUUCCAAUUUUCUACUUUGAUCAGCUGGUAGAAAUAAGCCAAGUGGAGUCAAAGCAUGAGUUUGUCACCAAAGUUCGAGAUGUCAUCGCUAGUUUACCAAGGGCAGUGUUUGUACUUCUUCGUUACUUGUUUGCCUUUCUAAACCAUGUGUCGGAGUUCAGUGAUGAGAAUAUGAUGGACCCCUAUAAUCUGGCUACUUGCUUUGGACCAUCGCUGAUGCCAAUACCGGAUGACAAGAACCAGGUCCAGUAUCAAAACUUAUUUAAUGAACUCAUUAAGAACAUUAUCAUCUAUCAGGAUGAGAUCUUUCCUAUUGAUGGUGGCAUCAUCUAUGAGAAAUACAUCAGUGCUGAUGUACCAGAUGAGAAUGAUGUUGGAGAGUCUCCUGUGGAUCACAACUUGGAUGAUCCUGAUACACUGGACAGUUAUGAAGCUGAUAUUCUUCCCAGUGAGGAUGAAUGUGAAGUUCUGGAGGCCGUGGCACAGUGUUCUUUCAGUGGCCGGACAGACCGUGAACUCUCCUUCAAAGAAGGCGAUACUGUACAGUUAUUUAAUCAAGUUUCCAGUAAAUGGUGGAGAGGGAGUUUGAAUGGGAGAGAAGGACUUGUACCAGACAAAUAUAUAUUUCUGAAACUUAGAGAUGAAGACAAGGACAAGCUGAGCCAAGAUGGGAGUGAAAAACGUCGUACUAGCAGCAGUAGUGAUUCUCUAUCAGGGUAUAGUACUAGUCCCAAACCCUCUAUUGAUGCACAUAUACCCGAAGAAGGGACCACAGGCUCUGAAUUUUUUCCUCCAGAUUCACUUUCAGCAUUUCCUUCCAGCUCAGUGUCCAGUUCUUUACAUUCCCCCCACACCCACAAUCGACGUCGUCUCAGUCUCAGUCCAUCCACACUACGUAAAGUACAGCUAGCAGCAGCUGGCGAGUUUGAUCAGCCUAAAUUAGUUCACUCCUGUAGUGUAGGAGAAGCAAUGGAAGGCAUGGUAAGGGACGAAAACCUUCUUGGUGAGUUUUACUUAGAUGAUCAAGAAGGAAAAGGUUUGAGUGGAUUAGAGGCAGACCUGCAUGACAUGCUAUCCAGUUCAUCUCAUGCAGAGAUCAUUAAGGAAAAGAAUAUACUAGAUGGAUCUAGAUCUCAUGAUUCUCUAAAACAAAACCCCUUUUCCUUAUCCAAGGGCACACCAGAUCUUGUGAAAGAUCUUCCUAAUAAUUCUCCUAGUCCUGAAUUGCCUAUAAAAAUUUGUGCUAUGGAAGAUGAAGAUGAGGAAAGACCAUCUUCCCGUUCCAGCAUUCAGAGUUGUGAGAGUCCAGAGUUGACCACAGCAGAGAGAUUUGCAAUGUCACACCAGGGUACCUUAAAAAAAGGUGCAGUAUCACGUAUAUCAUAUUCUGGCCUCGAGUCAACCUUGCCGGCCAAGGUUUGGGCCAAAACUCAAAACAUUACGGACAGUUUGGAUGGUUCAGAUCCAUCUGAAAGAUGUUCAGAUGUUUCCCAGGUGACAAAUGAAACAAAAGAUCAGAUAGAACAAGAUUUUGUGAAAUCUCCCCCAGAAGUCCCUUGCAAACCUGUGUAUCUAAAACAGGACCUAGAAAUGCCAAAAAAUUCUGCAAUUGAUCAAAGCCCACAAGUCUUGUAUGCAAAAGGUAUUUCAAAUUUCAAACCUCCAACUAAAAUAAAACCUCCUGUGAUGAAAAAACCUACAAAUCCUUUAUCAUUAGAGCCUGUUAAAUUCCAACAAAAAGAAUACAAGCAAACUUCAUGUUGAUUGGAAACUGUCUUUGUGUUGUCCAGAUCAGGUGCUGAAAAAAAACACACACUAAUAUGAUUGUUCCUUUUUUUAAACUUUGAGUUUAUAAAAACAAUCGUUCUUAAACACAAACAAUAGUUCGUAUUACAAGAUUGAGAAGUUUGAAGGAAAAGGGGAGCUAGUAAGUUCUAUUAAGACCAUAUUGUGUAGAGGUGAGGCAUUGAUAUAAAGUGAUAUUUCUGUCCAAGGAUACAGAGGGUUUAGUGAAGCUCACCUCAUCAACAAUACAUUCAAAUGAAAAUUGGACAAAAGUAACAACUUUAUAAAAACGAAAGUUACUGAUUUGUUCUUUUAUUUUUAGAUGUUUCAAUUUAGCUGUGAGAGAAUCAAUCAGUAUUUAUACAUUUGAUGUAAAUAGUUUUAACGUGAUUGUAACAAUGUCAAAAUCAGACUUGUCAUAAACACUCAUCAUGGAGUCCUGCCAUCUAUUAAAAAGUAUCUGAACAAUAGUUAGUUAUGGCAGCCUUAAACUUGGUGUGUAUGUGAAUUCUUAUAAUUGACUCUCUAGUAUAUUAAGAUGUAUACAGUUUGAUUAUCAGAUAUUGUCCAAUUUGAUGAGCAAGACUUUUAAAAUCACUUUUUUUGUUGCUUUACACAUAGGGCAGGAUAGACAUAAAGCUGUGUGUAAUUAAUAUUGAUGUUUUUGUUAAAUAAUUAUGAGCCAAGAGUUCUAGGGAAAUUGAGUAAUUUUAUAUAAUCAGGAUAUUUUAGUAAAUUAUAGUGGAGAACAAUUAUUGGUAUUUUUUUUAAUACCAAAAAUUCAUUACAGUGAUUGAAAUAAUCUUAUUUUGUAGUACUGGAGAUCUUGUGUAGAUUUUCUGUUGGAAAGUUAUUAUACAGUACAAUGUAGAUUAAAAAAAUAUUUUUUCAGGUUUGUAAUAGCUUUAUUUACAGCAUCAGUAAAAGAUAAUAAAUUCUUCCCGACAAGUUUGAUGGAAAUGUAUACAUUUUACGAUCUAGUAAAACCUUGUGUAAUAGGGAUUUGACACAUUGUGCUGAAUACCUCAUUUCUUUGUAUCAUAAAUUGCAACUUGUAUUUCAAAAACUAUUUAUUCUAGUUGAAAUGACUAGUUUUUAAGUUGGUGUUUAUUACCACCUCCUUCCUUGCAGGACAGACAUAUCAACUACUCAGAUGUUUUUGUGGUUCUGUAAGAUUUCUCAAUUUUUCUAAAAUACAAAACAACUUAGAAAAAAAAGUGCUAUAUCAUAGUUCUAAUCCCUACCACCCAGUUUAGAUCGAAGGACCUCUACAUUCAUUGCAGAGAAUAAAAAAAUUGAGUGUUUGUUAUGGACUUGUUUCUAACCAGUUCGAUGUGGAUUUUUUUGUUGUUGUUUAUUUGUUUAAUGUUGGAGACUACGUAGUAAUUUUUGCUAACAUAUCACACAGCAGUAGUUUAUAAAUAGACAAGUGUGUUAGGGAAAAAUGAAAGUGUAUCAUAGUAGGAGUAUUUUUUUGUUUUGGCUAAAAAGUUCCCCAAAAGUUAAUUUUUGUGUUAGUUUAUGAAAAGCAAAGUACAAUAUUCUUAUUUUCACUAUAAAGUUUUCUACUUGUAGACAGACAUUAAAAAAAGCAGGAAUUUUUAUCUGAUGUAUUAAGUGACUGUAAGUAACUCUUAAGGAAAAGCUUUUUUCUGGAGCUCAAGUUGUUUUUCAUAUUUAAUGGAGAAAAGUAUCACGAUUUUAAUCUGAUCUGUGGUCAGCAACAAUUUUAAAGUACAGAUAAUGAUUAGUGUGUGUAAGUUUUAAAACUACUUUUGCUUCACUGGUAGUUUGAUGCCAUACUAGUUUGUCCAGUACAUUGCAAAAAUAAAAGCGUAAGGCAGAAUUUAUGACCAAUUCAUAAAGUGUUUAAUAGUGUAUCCUGAUAAUCAGGUUUGACCGAGACUGAUUUUUAAUCUUGACUUCUAAUUUCUAUAUGAUGUUUUAAGACCCUAACCAAUAACAGGGCAGAAAAGACAACUAGUAUUUUAUUACCAUAUUCAAGUUUAAAGUAAACUACGAAGCUUAUAAAGAAUCCAUAAGAGAAAAGCUUUAACUUUUUGAACUAGUUGUUUCACUGACUUUUUAAAACUAUUAGUUAAAUAUCAAGAACCAAUUACAACAGAUGCAAUGAAAGAAAACUUUUCAAGAUGAGAAGUGUCAUGGUAUUUGAUAUUUGGUACUUAUCAAACAGACGGGAUUAGUUGGAUAAGUUUGUUUUUUUUUACAGUGAGAAGGGGGGACUUUGCAUAAGUUGGAGAGGAUUUAAGAAUAGAAAAAAACUAGAAUUUUCAAUUUGUAUGUUAGGCUUGCAUUUAUCCUUUUUGUUUUUUUUUCUUGUACAGGUCUCUGAUAAAUAAACAGGUGCUUGUAAUAUC